UAGAGACCUGAAAAAUACUUUUAAGAAAAUAUAAGAAUUUAGUAAGAUUUUUUUUCUAAAAAGAAAACAAAGCGAGAAAAUAAAAAAAAGGAGCAUUGUUUAGAAAAUCUUUUGGGAAAAACCAUCCCUCCCAAAAUGGGGGAUCCACCACAGCAUGGCGGGGAGUUAUGGAGGAAGAAAUCAUUGCCCCGAAGUCUUUAUCCUAAGCGUUGACAAGUACGGGGAAAAUGGAAAGUCAACCCUUUUCCCAAUCAAUGCGGCCAUAAAAUCGAGCACUCCAAAUUGCAAUCUUCAUCAUCUUCACCGGCCAACCCCCAUUAUUACUUCCGCCAUGGCCGCUAGAUCCGCCGCCGUUUCACUCGCCCGUUGCCUCCUGUCAAUUUUAAUCAUCAAUUCCGGAAAACUAAUCAGCGCCGGGUGCGCACCGGCCGGCAAAAUGACGUGCAACGGCGUGACGAAGGCCACAUAUAACUGCUCUCCUCCGACGACCUCCGCGACGCCCGCCGUUCUGACCCUCAACGACUUCAGCAAGGGCGGGGACGGGGGCGGCGCGUCGGAAUGCGACGGGAGGUGGCACAACAAUAGCUUCCGGAUGGUGGCGCUGUCGACGGGAUGGUACGACGGAGGGCGGCGGUGCGGGAGGAUCGUGCGGGUCACGAGGGGGGACGGGCGGAGGAGCACGACGGCGAAGGUGGUGGACGAGUGCGACUCGAUGAUGGGGUGCGAUGCGGAGCACGCGGGGCAGAUGCCGUGUGACAAUGACAUCGUGGACGGGUCGAAAGCGGUGUGGGAAGCUCUGGAGUUAGAUCAGGACUUGGGUACGGUCCCCGUAACUUGGACCAUGGCCUAAGUGUAAUUCACUAUUUGCCCAAUCAAAUUUUAUCUACUAACCACUUGUUUUUACUUAAUGUUGUUUUUACUUUUUACUCCUUUGAUUAAAAAUACUCCCUCCCUUCGUCCUAAAUUGUUUAUCGCAUUUCAAAUAACGUGUAAAACAACAAUUGUUUUAAAAUUGUUUUAUUUAUAAAUUGAUAGUAGGGGU